AUGAAGGGUAAACAAUGUGAGAAUUAUCGCAAUCGACUAAAGGGUCGCAGCCGUAAUGGAGGCUGUGGUGCCAAUCUCAAUUGUAACAAGGCGCCCCAAUUACCCAGUAACCUGUGUGAAGAACAUCUCAAGAUAAAGAAUAUCCGACAAAAAGAGAGGCGCAAACAGGCAGAAAUUCCUCAGAAGCCAUGUCAGAAGCUGAUAUGGGUUACUUUCCCGGACGAAAAUGCGCUAGAAGAAACUACUACUCUCGCCAUUCAGGUUUUCUUCAAUGAUCACGAAAUUCUGGGUCACGAUCCCUGGCUAACACAAGCCUGUUCGAUGACCUUGCGCAACACAAUCGUCUCAAGCAGUGAUGCAGGCCACUAUAUACAUCAGGGUCUGGUGACGCUUCUGGCCACGCAAGCAGAAGCAAAGAACGUGUUUUCUGUCGAGGGACAUACAUGGGACUGGCUGGAUCAACAGCUUCCGGGAAAGCUGCUCUACAGCUCCUGCACAGAUGAACACAAUGAGCCGCUACGCAGUGUUUUGUUUCUGCACUGGACCACCAACGAGCCGAUCAAUCCGAGCCUUGACGAAAUCUACAGUGCGGUACGCCUGCUAAAAAACAUUCAUCCAACAUCCUUCCGCGUUUAUCCGAAUGAGCACGAAGCGCGGCAGGAGAGAGACAAGCUAGGAGACAUUCGGGCCUUAGACGAUACCGCCAAGUCAUCUCCGGAUAGGUUCUUCUAUCGGCCCAAGACAUGUUAUGGUCAUUGCCGAUGCUCGCUUGAGAACGAGAAGCAGACAGUACACAAGAGAACUAAGAGUGGCUGCGCUACACACGUCUAUGUGCGGAAGCAUGGAGAGCAACAUCAACUUACCCGUCACCGAGAAGCGCAUGCGUUGAAAGCCCCAUCGCAGAAAGCCAAGCGUCGGGGAAAGAAACAACCAAAAACGCCAAAGCAGUCUAAAGUACCCGCAGACGGUGCUGAUAUUUCAGCACAUUGGUUCCACCAAGAAUUCGUUCCGUCACUCCCAAAAUGCGAGUUCCGAGUUUUCAUCGCGACUGAACCGAGUGAAAAGGGCAUCCGCGGUCGAAUCGGUAAGGUAAUUGCCGUUGCAAAAACUGCGUUUGACCCGAACACCCAAGCACUAGCAGCACGGCAGUUUCAAGAAAGCGACCUAGAGCCCCCCCUACAACGAUCCCAUCUCUUUGAGUUUGCGCUUUUCGUUUUUGAGGCGCUACGCGCGCGGCCCGACAGCAUGCUCGUCUUCGAGUCUCUCGAGGUCGGCGUUCGCCUCGACAUCGGCGUUGCAGACACCGAAACUGUUGGCAAGACGUUCUUUGUAAACGAGAUCACACGUUGGUACGGGGCCCAUUAUUUUUCCAAUAACCUCUGCGCAGAACCAAAGACACAAAUUUGCAAAGCGUUUGCCUCUGCCUUUAGUGCGUUUCUUACUGGUCACAUACCCUAG